GUUACUCAGAGGACAGAUCGAUGAUAGACGUCAAAAGUGGAAGAAUUGCAAUGUUCAAAUCAAGAUCAACAAGCUUUCUGUUGAUGACUCUCCUUUUUGGGAGUGGAAACUUCUUAACAAUGGAGAAAGGGUUUGUUGCUGGCUGUACAAAUGACAGUGAGUGGUGUCCUAUGCCUGAACCGUGUAAUGUGUUUGGCUUUACUGACUGGUACAAAGUGGGCAAGCACUGCGUCAAAUACUUCAACAAGCUUCUCAACUUCACUGAUGCCGAGUUCAGCUGUAGAAAAACAGCGCCUGGUGCACACCUGGUGUCAGUGCAUAGUGAAGAGCAUAAUGAUUACUUGCUCCGCAUUGUCAAAAAAUUGAACCCAAACGACCUGCGCUUCUGGCUUGGAGGCUUUGAAUUUUUUGAGACUGGUAAAUUUUCUUGGACUGAUGGAUCCUUCUGGGAUUUUCAAAUUUGGACACGUGGUGAGCCCAGCAUAUACACUAGCGCAGAGGAAUGUGUGGAGAUGAACUGGAAAGAGAUUGGCAGAUGGAAUGAUGACGACUGUUAUGCCAAGAAAAACUACAUGUGUGCCUUCAAACGAAAUGGCAUCGUGAAACCAGGCUAGAGUAGUUUUAUCUGGGUAUCUUCUCAUAAUACUUACUGAAUAAAAUGAUUUUCUCUGCAUCAACAAAAAAACUUACAAAAAAAAAAAAAAAA